UUAUUUCUAUUUUGCACGUUUAGAAAAAAAAAUAAAAAUGCCAGACGUCACAGAUGAAGCUAUCGAAAGAAUCGGCAACUCCCUACGGGAUGUAAACAGACCGUUAAAAGAUCGUUUUAGAGCUUUGUUUACACUAAGAAACUUAUCCACAGACAAAUGCAUAGACGAAAUCAUAAAAAGUUUUGGCGAUUCUUCAGCGCUUUUGAAACACGAGUUGGCGUAUUGUCUCGGUCAAAUGCGAAAUUUGAAAGCCGUUUCGUUUUUGUGGACGGUACUGGAGAACGACAAGGAAGAAACCAUCGUACGCCAUGAAGCUGGGGAAGCUUUAGGUGCUAUAGGUGCCACCAGCGCACUACCACUUCUGCGAAAAUACAGCCAGCAUCAUAUACCAGAGAUAGCUGAAACUUGUCAGUUAGCCGUGGAGAGAAUUAACUGGUUGGAAAAACAAAAUGAAGAAGGCGCCAAUCAAUUCAAGUCUGUCGACCCUGCUCCACCAAUAAAAACAGAUUGUAGUGUCGAAGAGCUUUCACAAACUUUAUUAAAUGAGAAACUGAGUUUGUUCGAGCGAUACAGAGCUAUGUUUACCCUUCGUGACCGUGGAAGUGAAGAAGAUAUUCUCGCCUUGUGUAAAGGAUUAAAAUGCGCCAGUGCGCUGUUUCGCCACGAGAUCGCGUUCGUACUUGGUCAAGUGGCGCACCCUGCUUCUACCGACGCUUUAAGAAUAUCUCUGGAGAAUACGCAAGAACAGCCGAUGGUACGCCACGAGUGUGCGGAAGCUCUCGGCGCCAUUGCCACCGAUGAAUGUUUUAAGAUCUUGGAAAAGCAUGUUGGCGACGACGAGCGUGUUGUGCGAGAGAGUUGUGACGUUGCGUUAGAUAUGUGCGAAUAUGAAAAUUCAGAUCAGUUUCAAUACGCUGACGGGUUGACUAAGUGAGGCAAACAGAAAUUGUAAUUUUAAUUUCUUACAUCUUGAAAUAUUUUGUUUGUAAAUAAGAAAGUACCCUGUCAAGAAAA